ACGUGUACGGCCGAGACAAGCCGAGUGUACUAGUGACGUCACCAGGGUCACCUGACCUACAUUCUAGGGGAACGCAUCGAGUCUCGACCACUGUUAACGCUAACUCUAAUAUUGGCGGUCGAGUCCAGGUUAAACUAUGGUUUGACUCAGGUGCAUUGCAACUAGUGGUAACUCUAGUGUGUGCAGCCGGUCUGGUGCCGAGAAGCAACGGCUCUCCUAGAAAUCCUUACGCUAAACUCUACCUCCUUCCCGAUAGAAGCGAAAAAUCGAAACGACGAACGAAAACGUUGGCAAACACAAACGACCCCAAGUGGAAUCAGAGUUUCAUCUACACGUCUGUGCGCCGCGCCGAUCUCAAACUUAGAAUAGUAGAAGUCACCGUCUGGGAUUAUGUCCGGUUCGGAGCCAAUGACUUCUUAGGAGAGGUUUUAGUGGAGCUGAGCGUAGCGUUACGGACAAUGAACCUGACUGGUUCACCUGGGACCCCAUGAGUGGUCUAUCCGCCUCAUGUGAGUAUUCACAUUCACAUC